UCUUUCCCGGAAAAAUUCUGCAGAAAUUUCAGAAAUUUGAUUUUUCUUUCCUCGUCUCUCACAAUUUCUUCAAUAGCAUUUAAUUUUCACCCCAGAUCCCUAGUUUCCUUACACAUAUCCCUACCCGUUAAAUUUCGUAGACAACAAACUUAAUUGCAACAAGACGAAAACGAAUCCUUCUUUUUUUUUUUAAUAAUAGUAUUAAAUUUAACUAGAAAAAAAAACCCUUUUACUUUCUCUGUCUCCUUCUCUCUCCUCUGUUUUGUGUCUGCUACGGGGUCUCGUUUAAAGAAAUCAGCAAACCCAUGGAUUCUUCUGUCACUCUCUCGCAUGCACGAGAGCUCUCUUGUACGUUUAAUUUAUCAACCCCUUUUGUUUUCUUCCUCCCGUAAGCGACAAAAAUUACUCAUCUUUUUGAUUCCUCUGUUUCUCUCUCUCUCUGUUUCUCACUCUGUUUUCCGAUUUGAAAAAGCAAAAAGCACAAAGAGAUGGUCUUUCCGCUGCCCCCACAGGCAAAAGCAUGAGACUUGAGGAGUCGAAGAGGACGGAAUGGGUUGCGGAGGAUCCAAAGUCGACGACCAACCGCUUGUGAUUCUCUGUAGAGAGAGGAAAGAACUGAUCAAAGCGGCGUCGUAUCACCGCUCUGCUCUAGCCGCCGCUCACCUCGCUUACUUCCAGUCUCUCUGCGACGUCGGAGAGUCUAUAAAACGUUUCGUCGACGAGGAGUUAGUUCUCGCUGGCUCCAACAGCAACUCUUCUCCGGGCUCCCCGGUUCUCACUCUCCCUUCCGACGGAGGUAAGAAGAAGAAGAAACACAAGAUCUCCUCUUCUCCUUCCACCUCUGUUUCGCAUUCCGUCGUCGAAGAUGAAGAUGGAGAUGAAGAUGGGGAAGGCUCGCAUUUGCAUUUAUCCUCUGGAUCUGAGUUCGAUUCGGGAUCGGAAUCUGGAUCUGAUGAUUCGUUAGGUCAUCAUAUCCACAUCGAAUCCACCCCUAAAGCCGUAAAGGAACAACCUUUACCGGAAACUUAUCCUCCCGGUUACCCGCCAAGUUACCCGCCUGGAUAUCAACCGGGAUAUCAACCGGGUUACUCCUCCGGGUACCAGUAUCCGGCUGAAGGAUGGGGCUUUAUGGGAGAGAACCCGAAUCCGAACCCGUAUCAAGGAAUGUACUUCAUGAAGAAGUCAGCGCCACCGUCUCGUCCGGUAGUGUUUCAGCCGGAGAAUCAUCGAGUUGAGAACGGGCAGUGGCCACAGGAGAAUGGUUUUGGAUACUCUAACGCUGGGUACUAUGGUUAUCCGGAGCAGCGUAGAGCGCCGCCGUCUCCGGCGAGGCCUCCUCCUCCGUCUCCGCCUACGGUAUCCACUUGGGACUUUUUGAAUGUGUUCGACACUUACGAUUACAAUAGAGCCGGAGCUGGUGAAAGCUCCGGGUUUUAUCCGGCUACUGCUAGUAGUGGAGUUAAGUCUAAGUCGAGUUCAAGCAGUCUUGACUCGAGGGAAGUGAGGGAGAGGGAAGGGAUUCCUGAGCUGGAAGACGAGACAGAGCAAGAAACGUUGAGACAUUCCAAGAGGAAAGGCGGCGUUGUUGUUGAGAAGAUGAAAGAACAGCAUAUACCGGAGAACGAGUCCCAACAAGACGAUGUUCAGGAGAGGAAGAUCAAGAAGAGAGGAGGAGGAGGAGAGUCGGGUGAAGGAACAUCGAGGGAUGUGCCUAUGGUAGAGAGCUCUUUCAGUUCGAAGACAGUGUCUUCGUUUACGAGCAGCGAAGAAGGAUCUGAGUUUCACCAUGUUAAUGAAGUAGAAGAAGAAAGGAACGAUGAGGCUGUGGCUAGGAAGAGCGUUGGAGAAGUAGAGGAAGUAGAGUAUGUGAGGAAGAAAGGAGUGAGCUUUGAGUUGGAGGAGAAUAUAGCAACUUCUUUUGAUGUUGAGUCUUCCAAGAUAAGUAGCUUGUCUGCAUUGUCGGUUCAUGCAACUAGAGAUCUGAGAGAAGUUGUCAAGGAGAUCAAGAGUGAGUUUGAGGUUGCUUCUUCUCAUGGCAAGGAAGUGGCUGUCUUGCUUGAGGUCAGCAAGUUGCCUUAUCAGCACAAAACCUCUGGCCUUAAAGUUAUCUUGGCUCGGAUCAUGUACCGGAUAGCACCAUCCACAGUGUCAUCAACAUCACGGUCUCAGCCACAACCAUCAAUACGGUUAACAUCAAGGAUACUGAAAAUAGCAAAAUCAUACAACAACGUUGAGGAUGCUCCAGAAGGCUUCACUGCAAACCUCUCAUCAACCCUGGAGAAACUCUACGCCUGGGAAAAGAAACUGUACAAGGAAGUCAAGGAUGAAGAGAAGCUUCGAGUUAUCUAUGAAGAAAAGUGCAGAACACUGAAGAAACUAGAUAGUCUCGGUGCAGAGUCUAGCAAGAUUGAUACUACUCGAGCUGCCAUAAGGAAGCUGCUUACCAGACUCGAUGUCUGUAUAAGAUCCGUUGAUUCCAUUUCAACUAGGAUACAUAAACUGAGAGACGAAGAGUUACAGCCCCAACUCACUCAGUUGAUUCACGGGUUGAUAAGAAUGUGGAGAUCGAUGCUAAAGUGCCACCAGAAGCAGUUCCAGGCCAUCAUGGAGAGCAAGGUCCGAUCUCUCAGAGCAAACACGGGCGGCUUACAAAGAGACUCAGGCCUCAAAGCGAUACUCGAUCUCGAGAUGGAGCUAAGAGAGUGGUGCAUCAGCUUCAACGACUGGGUCAACACUCAGAAACUAUACGUGGAGUCUCUAAACGGUUGGCUCUCGAGGUGUCUCCACCACGAGCCCGAGUCAACAGAGGACGGUGUGGCUCCUUUCUCUCCCAGCCGCGUCGGAGCACCGCACGUUUUCGUCAUCUGCAAAGACUGGCAAGAAGCGAUGGAGAGAAUCUCGGGAGAUAGCGUCACCAACGCGAUGGAAGGCUUUGCAGCGAGUCUGCACGAGCUGUGGGAGAGGCAAGACGAGGAGCAGAGGCAGAGAGUGAAAGCGGAGUACGUGUCUCAUGAUUUCGAGAAACGGUUGAACGAUCUUCGGAUGGAGAGGGCGAGAGUUAGGAUGAGAAACGAGCAAGACGGUUCGGAGAGGAGCGUGGUUGUGUCUGAGAGCGGUGGGGGUGGGGUGUCGGCGCUUGAUGAUUUGAAGGUGGAUUUGGAUUCGAUGAGGGAGAAGCUGGAGGAAGAGAGAGCGAGGCAUAAGGAGGCGGUUAAACUAGUGAACAAUGCAGCUUCGAGUAGCUUACAGUCUGGUUUAGUGCCCAUCUUUGAGGCUUUAGGUAAUUUCACAUCACAGGUUGUGAAAGCUCAUGAACAUGUUAGGUUUCAAUUGCCUCAGUCUUCUUCUUCUUCAUGAAAAAAAAGGCUUUGAUGGUUUUUGAUUUUUUUGCAUCAGAAAAAAAAUUUUGGUAAUGAAAAAAAAAUUAGAUUCGGCUUAGAAAAAAUUGUUUGUAUAUUGUUAAAUCUCAAUUUAUAAUAUUCAUUGAUUGGUUGAUUA